UCUCGACUCCAUUCAGAAAAAACAGCAGAGUUUUUACAAACGCAGAAACUAAGGAACUUCUAUUAAAAAAAAAAGUUUUGCGGAUCAAAACUUGAUCCAAUGGCAGAAAAACACCUACUGAUGUUUUACUAGACCUUCUUCUCUCUAAGGCAUUUUCUCUGAGUCUAAGGACAGUGGUAUUGCAGGACAGUGACAAUGCAGCUGUGGGCCCAAAUAUGGCAACUGGUAGUGCUUCCUCUUCUGCUACUACCAGUGUCAUUGUGCAGUCCAUGUCCCCAGCACUGCACCUGCCAGGGCACACAGGUCACCAUCUUCUGCCUACAGCGACGUGCUUCCACCAUGCCCCUAAACCUUCCUGCCUCUACACAUAAACUGUACAUAUUUCAGAAUGGAAUUAACUUCCUGCAAGAGCAGGACUUCCAUGGUCUGGUUGAUCUGGAACUGCUGGACAUUAGCCAGAACGAACUAUCAGUGAUUCCUGACAGGGUUUUCGGCUCUCUUACCUCCCUGCACAACCUUGACCUCUCUUCAAACAAAAUUUCUCAAAUCACUAAAGACAGUUUUACUGGCUUGGUGAACCUAGAAAGGUUGUAUAUCCAUAACAAUCGCAUCCAGAGCAUUCACCCAGCUGCAUUUAAGGGAUUGCUGCACUUGUUGGAGUUGAAGCUUCAGGGAAACCAGAUCAGCCAACUUCCCUCUCUGCAUCUUCAUAAACUGCUGUUGCUUGACCUAAGCUUCAACAGUAUUCCUGCACUUGAACCUGCUGACCUGCAGACACCACACUUAGAGUCACUAAAGUUGGCUGGGCUGGGGCUGACCACUUUGGAUGAAGGAUUACUGAGAAGACUGGGAAAUCUUCAUGAUCUAGAUAUAUCUCACAACAAGCUAUUAGGAAUGCCACCUGCAUUAAUAUCUGCAAAAGGGCUAACUCGCCUCAACAUAUCAGCCAACCUUCUGGGCCCCCUUCGUCAGGAAGACUUUAGGAACCUGGUAGGAUUGCAAGAGCUGGAUCUGAGUAGCCUUAACCUGCAAGAAUUUCCUGUGGACUUUUUUCAGUUGUUUCCCAAGUUACAUCAUCUAACAGCUGCAAAGAACCCUUUCAACUGUGCUUGUUCACUGUCCUGGUUUCCCAACUGGAUGAAGAGUUCAAAAGUGGCUCUUGGACAGACCGAAGAGACACGUUGCCACUUCCCUCUCAUAAAUGCAGGGAAGAUGCUUUCUGAGCUAGAACACAAAGACUUUGGCUGCCCUAUCACCAUCACUGAAAACUAUGAUGUACUUACUAGCAGCAGCAGCAGCAUGUAUAAUAUUCCAGAGCCUACAACUGCUCCACAUACCUCCCACAUACCACCUCCUUUUGUCCCCAGUGAGAAGUUACCAACUGAGCAACACCAGCCUGUGCCCCCUGAGGCUUCCACGUCUCCCAGAAGUAGCGAGGAACUUGAGGAGCACAUGUGCCCUCCAAACAUAUGCCUAAAUGGUGGUACAUGCAAGUUUGACUCAAAGGGCCAAGUAAUUUGUCUGUGCCCCCUGGGUACAUCAGGAUUGUACUGUGAAAACCAAGAUGAGUCCCAGCCUCCUCCACUGUCCCCAGGAAUUGCUGUGGUGACAGUUACUUCUAUAAAAACAGACAAGAUUAGCUUCCAUCAUGUAACCAGCACCUCAAUUUCUCUGGACCUGCACAGGUACAUCGAGUCCCGACCCAACAUCCGUGGAAUUCGUCUGACAUAUCGCAACUUGUCAGGUCGUGACCGCAGACCACUUCAACUCAAUGUACCUGCUUCAUAUCCAGAGUACACAUUAAGAGGGUUACAGCCCAACUGUACAUAUUUAGUUUGUGCCAGUCCACUGGAUGAGCCUGUAGAAGAAGCCAUCAGGUCCUGCAUGGAUGCUCAUACUGCUGGAGUCUCUCAGCCAUCCAUUGAAAAUACGCCUGAAACUUUCUUUUCCAUUGUUGUGCCCAUACUGGUAGCGGUAGCAGUGGUGAUGGCAGUUGCCAUUGUAGCAGUGGUGGUAGUGGUUUUACGAAGAAAAAGGAUGAAAACUACCACAGAUAUGGAUCUAGGUGAACCAACCCCUUUUGAGUUAGAAGGUGUGAAGAUGGGUUUGGAGAAUGGAACAUCACCCCAGAAGGUUGCCUCACCCCACUUGCCUUACCCGCAAGCAUCUCAGAAUGGUAUGGACUAUGAGGUCCCGUUAAUCCAAGAACAAUUUGCAUCGAACAACAACACGGAUCAGAGAAUACCACCAUACUUUUAAUGCUGCACAGACACUCGGCACCUAGAGGUGCAUGCUUAUAACCCCUGCAGGCGGGUCAAGUGCAAACACAAGUGCAGACACAAGUGCAGUUGCAUGGUUUUGUGUGUUAAAAGUGACUUAUUUAAACAAAGUGCAAUUGCCAUCUGAGGUAUUGUUUGUUUCUAAAAGUGCCUUUUUGCAUGUACAGUACAACUUCUACUGCACUGCUCUCUAACUAAAAAGGAUAGUGCGUGCACAGAGUAAUGCUGGUGUUGGAAACAAACAUGACCCGAGCGUGUCCAGAGCUAGAAUCCGGAAGAAUUUUAACAUAUCUGCCGUUACACUGCAGUUAAAUUUUUUGCUCCACCUGAUUGGAUUUAUGCAUCUCCAAGAGCAAUAGUACACGGAUGAAAGAGCGGCAUCGAAAUAUGAUGGUGAACAACAGGAUUGACUGUAAGGGAAUCUUUGUUGCCUUUUGAAACACAUGCACAGACGUACGUUUAAGGUCUGUGACAAUGCCGGCUCUUCUGAAAGCACCAUUAAAACUUGUUCAAAAGGGCUAAAUUAGAGAACAUGGACAGGUUGCUUGGCUGUCAUUCCUUCAUGCUGCAGCUUCUAAAAAACUUCCUUCCCUGGCCGUCAAAUAUUUUUUAGAGUAUUGCUGUGAAAGAAAAACAAUGUUUACCCUUGUGCAUAGUUUAUGUUGUAUAUGUGAAUAUUGUCUGUUAUUGGAGCUGAUAUUUUAUUUUUCUAACUUUUUAUAUCUCAAAGCUACAGACAUUGUUAGCAGAGCCUGUAUGUUUUAUCUUUUGCUUUGUAAUCAGGAGCACUUGAAAAGCUGGUUCGCAGUCUUCCUUCCGACAAAUUGCCGAUCACAAUAGAAAUAAGUUUGUAUACUGUUGCAGCAUAUCGCUUAGCUUUUGGUACUGCUCGUGGACUUUAUCAAUCGCCUGUUGCAGGAUGAUCAGACUUAAUUCAUUUAAGCUCACCACAUGAUGAAGAACCAUUUCAAAAAGCUACUUUUGAAGGACUGAGAUGCUGAGAAGAUGGUACUUGUAGGUGGUACACUUCUUGAAGUAACUCAAGAAAUUAUACACAAGCACUCACAAAGACCAGAAGGGAACUUGGGAGUUUUCCAGCAAAUUUGGCCAUGUUGCUUGAAAUUAGUCCCAAGUGUGUGUGUGAAUGUGUGUGAAUGAGCCAGCAGACUGUGACAAGGUUUAAAGCCAAGUGAUAUACUGUAUACCAAGUAUAUAGCUAGUCUGUGUGCAGCUGAAGUUUUUAACAUGAAAAGGAAAAAUCCACCCUGAACCACUUCCUAAAUUACACACAUUGCAUAUUCUCCAGCUAAAAUGAGUGAUGCAGUGGCACUUUAGUCUCGUGUACAGCUUUCUACUCAGAAGAUCAGCUUCCUAAUUAACGUCUAACUUAUAGCUAAUGUUAUAGCUGAACCGUGUAAAGGCCAAAAAGGCUAAUUUCUUACAGGAUACACCAUCCUGCAGAUUAGCAACCCCAAUCGUUAAAACACAGAACGAAUAUAAUUACAAACACAUCUCAUGUGUUUUAGGGUGGAGUUUUCCUUUCUCUACUAAAAUUAUAAACAUCGUAAAUCCAUUAGAAUACUUAAUCCUAUUUUCCCCUGAAAGGACAGCCAAGAUUUUCUUAAUAAGUAACAGCACACAUCAAUCUGAACUUGAUGGAAAAAGCCUUUUCAGCUCUGGAGUCUCCGUUGAUUUGAGCGUUCUUCACUCUUGCUUGUUACACAAGUACCUCCCAGUCUGCGCAGAUGGCCCCGGCACCCAGCACAUCCAAACAUUUAAACUGGAAAGAGGAGCCGCUUCACACAGCGCAAGGGACCGAAACUAUUUGAAACAUUUUUGAAGCUUUUUCAAGUUCCGCUUUUUAACUUGGGGAGUUUAUUAUUUCUUUCGGUAAUGUUUUGUGUAUGCAAAACCCGAGGCUCGUCUCACAUUCUCUCUCUGUUUUUCUUUUUUUUUUAACUGCAAAAACAUGUGUUUUAAAAAGAAAAAUAGACUUGAGAAAAUAAAAAAUGCAAAAAAAAAAAAAAAAAUA